CGGAGUGCACCCCGUCCACUUCCUCGCAUUCCUUCUCCAAAAACGAGUCCCCUGCGCUAAAUUGUGUUUAAAAUGGGUUUUGGCGCACUCUGUCUCUUUUAAUAUGUAAGAUGUGGCUGUUAGUGGUGCAUUGCAAUAUUUUCUCGACCUCAAAUUUAAAUGUGAGGCUCUUUUGGAAAACUGGAGAAAAACUUGACAAGGGAAAAUUCCUCCGCGCAGCGCGCCAUUGACUGUAAAGAUCUUUCAAUUUAACACAAACUGAAGUUGACAAAUGUAUCCUGACGUUGAAACUUUGUGAUACGGGUUUAUGUUUUCGAAGAAAAAGAUCAUGCAACGCUUCGAGAUUUCCAAGCACACUGGCUGUUCAGCAAACAGGCGACGAUGCCUGGAUUGAGCCUGCGUUUUGUUAUGAUUUCCAAGUGAAAUGCAAUUACUGCUAUCUCUCACUCCGUAGUCGGUUUGUGGACUAGUGCGCUCUUUCUCUGAACUUGUUCGUCGGCUCCGGAGCAAACCAUGGAUCACUAUGAGGAAGAUUUGGGACUCCGGGCGAGUAAAUUAAUGGAGGACCUUUCCUUAUAUGAAGCAUACAAGGAUGGAAUGUACAGUUCAAGGAGAGACAUGGUUAUCAACCCCGAUUUGGAUUUUUCGUCACCAACGAUACCCGAGCAGAAAAGUACGACAAUGAAUGGCAACUCUGUGCCUCAGCAACAGACACACACCGUUGAGAAUUACAUGACUGGGAAUAAAGUGUACACUGCGGCUCCCGUGCGCCCCGUGAAUGGCAACAGAGCCGUUCCUGUGGAUUAUUGCACCCCUCAAAGAGACACAGUUUAUCCUAAUGAAGAUAGCUAUUGCACCAAAUCCGAAAUUGCUUUGCCGUGUUAUAGCGGCGCGUCCGAGCGACACAGGAGGUACUCCUUGGAGGUGCUGGGGCAUAGGUACAGCACUGGUAGCGCGUACGAUGGAGUGGUUUUGAACAAGCCAGUACCUUCACCUGGCAACAGAUGCAACAGUAUAUGUGUUACCACCAACCACGACGGCAGAUACAAUGCAACCAGCCCGCGGUCCAGUUUCGUAUCCUCCCUCUCCUCCCAGGAGCAAAGCAAACAUGCAAGCCCGAGGUCGAGCAUCAGUAGCCCGCGCACGAGUCUGGUGGUACCCGGGCAAGACAAGUACACUAGUCCCAGGUCCAGUCUGGUACACUGUGAAGGGAGCAGUGCCCUCAGCCCCCGGUCUAGCUAUGCAAGUACAGCCAGCGACACAAGUAAACAUUCCAGCCCAAGGGCCAGUCUGAACAGCUAUGACUGCUGCAGUAAGCCCAGCAGUAACCGCACCAGCGGCAUCAGUAUGGGCUACGACCAAAGGCACAUCAGCCCCAGGUCCAGCACAGCGAGCCAGUAUUCUUGUACCACCAGUCCACGCUCUAGCUAUUCAGAUUCGCGUUACAUGCCUGUGGAGAACCAUGAUCUGGAGGGUGCAGUUUUGCAUGACAUGCCGGUGGCCAGUCCCCGGUCAAGCAUCUGCAGCCAGGACGGGUGUGCAAGACCCGGGACAAUAGCGAACUGCGUCGUUAGUCCCCGGUCCAGUAUCUCCAGUCACAGUUCCAGAAGUUCCCGGAGCUCCAGGGGAUCUAUGAGCACCUACCCAGAUCUCCCACUGCCUUCACCCAGGUCCUCAAUGUUGGGGACUGGUUUGCAGGAGGACAUACUAACACAAGAUUGUGGCGAUACCAACGGUGUUCAUAGUCGUAUCCAUUUCCAAGCGCUCUCUGGGAUGCCAGAGGCCAUGCCACAGCAUGCACCACAACAGUCAACCCAGGCAGGGAUGAACACAGAGGUGUCCGCUGGAUCACCAUCUUCUUCUUACGGGCUCCAUAGGAAAACUCCAGCCUCAGGGCAGAGGUUUAAACUACCUUACCAGGUGACCCCAUGCCGGGAAAGUGGCCCAAGCCAAGCAGAAAGGAGUCUGGAAGCACUCACCUUGGAGCUGGAGAAGGAGUUAGAAAUGCACAUGAAAAAAGAAUACUUUGGUAUCUGUAUCAAGUGUGGGAAAGGUGUGUAUGGAGCCAGCCAAGCCUGUCAGGCCAUGGGGAAUCUGUACCAUACCAACUGCUUCACCUGUUGCUCCUGUGGGAGGAGGCUGAGAGGGAAAGCUUUCUACAACGUCAACGGCAAGGUCUACUGUGAAGAGGACUUCCUGUACUCUGGCUUUCAGCAGACGGCAGAGAAGUGCUUUGUAUGUGGUCACCUCAUCAUGGAAAUGAUCCUGCAGGCACUGGGCAAGUCCUACCACCCUGGCUGCUUCCGCUGUGUGGUCUGCACAGAGGGUCUGGAUGGAGUACCUUUCACUGUGGACGUGGAGAACAACAUCUACUGUGUUAAAGACUACCACACGGUCUUUGCCCCAAAAUGUGCAUCAUGCAACCAGCCCAUCCUCCCUGCUCAGGGCUCUGAGGAGACCAUCCGGGUGGUGUCCAUGGACAAGGACUACCAUGUGGAGUGCUAUCACUGUGAGGACUGUGGCCUCCAGCUAAACGACGAGGAGGGUCACCGCUGUUACCCCCUGGAUUGCCACCUGCUCUGUCACGGCUGCCACAUCCGCAGGCUCAAGGUCCCAGUGCCCGGCCACCAGCCACCCAGCUACCCACUACACGUCACUGAGCUGUGAGAGGGCAGGGUCAGCGAGGAACCAACUCCAGCCAAGCCCAACCCACCGCUGACCCGCCUCCCAGGUGACCUGAGACAACAUAGCAGAAAGAAGAAGGAAUCCCCCGCCCACGGAAUCCCGGCAACUUCAGAACCUCUUCUUGCAUGACAGAACAGAACAGAGAGACCCUGGGAGACUUCGCUCUCUACUUGCCGGCCGUGCCCUGGGGAGAGGAGAUAGAUACAGGGCCAUGGACAAGUCAUGGACAAGACAAAUCCGUUUUUUUCUCCCUCCUUUCUCCUUUUGGUCUGUAAACAGUGAAGCAGGCCGAGGCCCCAGCCCACCCAGAGGCCCUGGCCGAUGUCAGCACCGUGACCCCUGCACAUUCAUCACAGAGGGGACUGGCAUGGAUGGACGGAGGGGCCACUCGCUCUCUAUCUCCAUCGCUCUCUUUUUUCCUCCCUUUCUGUUUUCUUCAUUCCUUCGAGCUGAAGCCCAAUGCCAUGAUGCAUUUACUGCUCCUCUGUCAGAGAGAGAGAGAGAGCUGGACAGCGUCUCUGCCAGGAGGCUGGGAGGCCAUGAAACAGGCCGCUACAUAACAUUCCAGCACUGUCUGGCAGGGUUAGAGGGUUGGACAUGCUGUGCCUUCAGAGUGGCCUUCCACUGAGAAACCUCACCGAAUGGUGACAGUGCCACAGUCCAGCUUUCUACGGCUCCUUUUGGCUAUGCAAGGGUACCGAGUCUACCAGCAACAGAUUGCCUUCGUGUGACUCUGUGACACAGUCUCCUAUACCAUCCCUUCAUGUGACUCUGUGACACAGUCUCCUAUACCAUCCCUUCAUGUGACUCUGUGACACAGUCUCCUGUACCAUCCCUUCAUGUGACACAGUCUCCUAUACCAUCCCUUCAUGUGACACAGUCUCCUAUACCAUCCCUUCAUGUGACACAGUCUCCUAUACCAUUCCUUCAUGUGACACAGUCUCCUGUACCAUCCCUUCAUGUGACUCUGUGACACAGUCUCCUGUACCAUCCCUUCAUGUGACUCUAUGACACACUCCUGUACCAUCCCUUCAUGUGACUCUGUGACACACUCUCCUGUACCAUCCCUUCAUGUGACACAGUCUCCUAUACCAUCCCUUCAUGUGACUCUGUGACACAGUCUCCUGUACCAUCCCUUCAUGUGACUCUGUGACACACCCUCCUGUACCAUCCCUUCAUGUGACACAGUCUCCUAUACCAUCCCUUCAUGUGACACACCCUCCUGUACCAUCCCUUCAUGUGACACAGUCUCCUGUACCAUCCCUUCAUGUGACACACCCUCCUAUACCAUCCCUUCAUGUGACACACCCUCCUGUACCACCCCUUCAUGUGACACAGUCUCUUAUACCAUCCCUUCAUGUGACACACCCUCCUGUACCAUCCCUUCAUGUGACACACUCUCCUGUACCAUCCCUUCAUGUGACUCUGUGACACAGUCUCCUGUACCAUCCCUUCAUGUGACUCUGUGACACAGUCUCCUAUACCAUCCCUUCAUGUGACACACUCUCCUGUACCAUCCCUUCAUGUGACUCUGUGACACAGUCUCCUAUACCAUCCCUUCAUGUGACACAGUCUCCUAUACCAUCCCUUCAUGUGACACAGUCUCCUGUACCAUCCCUUCAUGUGACACACCCUCCUGUACCAUCCCUUCAUGUGACACAGUCUCCUAUACCAUCCCUUCAUGUGACACAGUCUCCUGUACCAUCCCUUCAUGUGACUCUGUGACACCCUCCUGUACCAUCCCUUCAUGUGACUCUGUGACACACUCUCCUGUACCAUCCCUUCAUGUGACUCUGUGACACACUCUCCUAUACCAUCCCUUCAUGUGACUCUGUGACACAGUCUCCUAUACCAUCCCUUCAUGUGACACAGUCUCCUGUACCAUCCCUUCAUGUGACUCUGUGACACACCCUCCUGUACCAUCCCUUCAUGUGACUCUGUGACACACCCUCCUGUACCAUCCCUUCAUGUGACUCUGUGACACACCCUCCUGUACCAUCCCUUCAUGUGACUCUGUGACACAGUCUCCUAUACCAUCCCUUCAUGUGACUCUGUGACACAGUCUCCUAUACCAUCCCUUCAUGUGACUCUGUGACACACUCUCCUAUACCAUCCCUUCAUGUGACACAGUCUCCUGUACCAUCCCUUCAUGUGACUCUGUGACACAGUCUCCUGUACCAUCCCUUCAUGUGACACAGUCUCCUGUACCAUCCCUUCAUGUGACUCUGUGACACAGUCUCCUAUACCAUCCCUUCAUGUGACACAGUCUCCUGUACCAUCCCUUCAUGUUACUCUGUGACACACUCUCCUAUACCAUCCCUUCAUGUGACACAGUCUCCUAUACCAUCCCUUCAUGUGACACAGUCUCCUAUACCAUCCCUUCAUGUGACUCUGUGACACACUCUCCUAUACCAUCCCUUCAUGUGACACACCCUCCUGUACCAUCCCUUCAUGUGACUCUGUGACACAGUCUCCUAUACCAUCCCUUCAUGUGACACAGUCUCCUGUACCAUCCCUUCAUGUGACUCUGUGACACAGUCUCCUGUACCAUCCCUUCAUGUGACACAGUCUCCUGUACCAUCCCUUCAUGUGACUCUGUGACACAGUCUCCUAUACCAUCCCUUCAUGUGACACAGUCUCCUGUACCAUCCCUUCAUGUGACUCUGUGACACACCCUCCUGUACCAUCCCUUCAUGUGACUCUGUGACACACUCUCCUGUACCAUCCCUUCAUGUGACUCUGUGACACACUCUCCUAUACCAUCCCUUCAUGUGACUCUGUGACUCAUGCUCCAGUGCUCCUUGGCAUAGUGGAUGUUCGUGGCAUGACAUGCGCUGUCAGUAGCCACAGCGCUAGCCUGGGCUGGCACUCAUUCCACUUAGCAGUCUUAGAAGACGUGACCUCGAGAGAUUCACAAGCAGUGUCUCAACGAUUAUAUAACAAGAUAAAAAGUUAGAAGCACGUAGAUUGCCUAUAUAUUUUGCAGACAUUUUCCACAUAAGAUUCUAGAAGUGUAGUGUAUUUUCUUGCUGCGUUAUUAUUAUCAAAUGAAAUCGGAGGCCAAACGAGCUGUCGCCGUCUUAACGGUCCUCUGAAGGGUAUUGGUCCGUUGUUUAAUUUCUCCUCAAGGACACAUGUCCUAGAGGCCUCUGUGUUGUCGUUGGUCAUGCCAUCCACAGACCUGUUAACAUGUACAGUUCCACACACUGGUUAUUUGACCCAUAUGGUAGCACUGAGUAAGUGAGUGUCUGACCAUCGAGAGUCCCCACAUAUCCUCCUCAUGCAUACAUUACUGUGUCAUACCUACUGGUUGAUCUGAUUGUCUGGUUGGUUGUGGGAGUUGCUGGUCCAACCCAUGUCUCUGGGGAAUCCAUCCCCAGUGUUUUCCCUCGCUGGUUGUGCCGUUGUGUGUGUGUGUGUGUGUGUGUGUGUGUGUGUGUGUGUGUGUGUGUGUGUGUGUGUGUGUGUGUGUGUGUGUGUGUGUGUGUGUGUGUGUGUGUGUGUG